GUGUGUUUGAAGGGUUUUAGGGGAGAGGGAAGGAGGAAGGAGGCGGCUGUAGGGUCUAGCGUCCUUUUCCUUCCUCCUGGGGAUGCGAUGGCUGGAUUCGCCCCGAAUCUAGAAAAAUCGGGAAAUGGUUCUUCUCAUCCUUCUUUAGAUCUCGUUUUGCCGAGGAGAAUCGCUUUUCAUCCUGCGCGGAAGCUAUCAGAUUCAUUCCUGACUGGAGAUUUCAAGUUGGAGACCUUGAACCCCGGGUUCAAUUCUCAGAAGAUCUCUCUGAACCCCAGUUUUUCGGCUCUAGCCAAGACGUCUGAGGCAGUGGACGCGCAGGAAAUUGUUUUGGACCCUGAACUCACCUUGGGGAUUGGGUUUAAGAGAAUAGGCGCUGGUUUGGCUAAUCUCGGAAAUACCUGCUAUCUCAAUUCUGUUCUUCAAUGCCUGACUUACACGGAGCCGUUGGCGGCGUAUCUGCAGAGCGGGAAGCACAAGUCUUCCUGUCAUAUUGCUGGAUUCUGUGCAAUGUGUGCAAUUCAGAACCAUGUUAGAUCUGCUCUGCAGUCAUCUGGGAAAAUUCUAUCACCCAUGCAUCUCGUCAGAAACUUGAGGAGCAUAUCACACAGUUUUCGUGCUUCAAGACAGGAGGAUGCCCAUGAAUACAUGGUUAAUUUAAUGGAAUCAAUGCAUAGAUGCUGCUUGCCUUCAGGAGUAUCGAGUGAGACACCUAGUGCAUAUGAAAAAAGCUUAGUUCACAAAAUCUUUGGUGGAAAACUUAGGAGUCAGGUGAAAUGCACACAAUGUUCUCAUUGUUCAAAUACUUUUGAUCCCUUCUUGGACUUGAGCUUGCAAAUAGUGAAAGCAGAUUCACUACCCAAGGCACUUGCACAUUUUACUGCCGUGGAAGAGCUGGAUGGGGGACAAAAGCAAUACCAAUGUGCACGUUGCAAAGAGAAAGUUCGAGCUCGCAAACAACUUACUAUUCAUAAGGCUCCAUAUGUCCUUACAAUUCAUUUAAAAAGAUUUGGCUCAGGUGAGCCUGGACGCAAAAUAGACAAGAAGGUUGAGUUUGGGACAACACUGAAUCUAAAGCCAUAUGUCAGUGGACCAUAUGAAGGAGACCUAAAAUACUCUCUUUAUGGAGUUUUGGUUCAUGCUGGUUGGAGUACUCAUUCUGGUCACUAUUACUGCUUUGUUCGCACCUCAAGUGGAGUUUGGCAUGCACUUGAUGAUAAUCGGGUUAGUCAAGUCAGCGAAAAGUCUGUGAUGGAGCAGAAGGCCUACAUGUUGUUCUAUGUAUUUGAUAGGAAAAACUCUAAUAUGAAAAAAAGCAUUCUUCAGAAUGGUGUUAUUCCUGGAUCUGUCAAUAGGGCCGUUGAAAACAGUUGGAAUCAUAAUAUAGGAGUAAAAAAUGGUAUUUCACUAUCUGCUGCAUCUAUGGUGAGGGAAGUCAAACUGCAUAAGAUGGGUUCUUCUAGUCCAGCUGUUAACUCUUUGAAUAACUCCAAACAUGCUGUAUCAGAGUUAUCAAACUUGAAAACAAAUAUGGACACAGCCUUUGGAUGUUCGCAUCAGUCAGCUGAAUCAAUAAAAGUUAGUUCAAAUGCCACUAUUAGUUCAGCAGGUUCUGCGAAGGCGGCACUUAAUGAUGCAAUCAAUAAACAUGCAUCUAACAACAGAAUCUCGAAGCAGGCUUGUGAAGAGAAAUUGGCUACUCCCUCUAAUGGUGACAGCGAAUCAUGUGUUACCAAUUCUUGCACUGUGUAUGAUAAUAGCCCGGAUGUAUCAAAGACUGGAACAGCCCAUGUGGAUUAUGUCCAUAAGUCAGCAAUUCUGUCAACUGGGGACACUGACUCCCACAUUCCUUCUCCUAAGAAGCUGCUUGCUCCAAAUGGCUCAGUUGGUUGUCAGCCUGGUGGCUCUGUUGGAGAAGAAAAGACUGUUGAUCUGCCAAGAAUAUCAACACAGAAUAGUGAGGCACAACUUUCAAUUGACGCACAGGCCACUGUGACGAAUGGUUGUUCUGAGGAGGCUCUUACCAACCAGAACACAAUUUGUGCUGUUCUUGACCAGAAAAGGACCACUUCCAAGCAGAUCAGGAAGAGAAAAUAUCUUCCUAUGAUGCCUACUUCUCGUGGAAGAAUGUUUUUGGCAGCGUUAAAAGUACAAAAAGAUUAUAAACACAAGGCCAGGAGCCAGAUCAGGCAAAGUAUUGCAAAGGAUAUUUUAGGCACUAAAUUGAGAAGUCAAACUGGUGUUCCUGAACAAGUCCACAGAGAUCCUGUUCAUGCACAGGGUAUGUCUUGCCAGGUUGGAGUAGCAUACAAGGAAAAUGGCUAUGCCAACCUGGGAGAUCAAAGUCAAUGUGAUAAUGGCAGUACAAGUAUAAGAAAAAGAAUGAAUAGAGAGAGAAAUAUGCAGAAAACUGCAGAAACAAAUGAGUCUGGGGAUCUAGCUUGUGUAAGAGAGGCAAAUGGUCAGCACAAGGGAGCAGUUCAGAAUAAGUUCAUGGACUUGCUUUCAAGAGGAUUGUCACCAAUUGCAGUUGCUCGCUGGGAUGAUGGACAAGCAUCAGGAUGUGAUCGGGCCAAGCAGUUCCAGGGUAAACUGCUAACAAGCAUUGGUUAUGUGCUUGAUGAAUGGGAUGAGGAGUAUGAUCAGGGUAAAAGAAAGAAGAUAAAGAAGUCCCAACAUCUAGCUGGCAUGGGCAACCCAUUCCAAGAAAUUGCAACCAAGAAAGCAAAAUUGAAACAUACCAACCUGGAACAAACAAGGCCCGGUCACCAACCAUUGAGGAUAUGAAUGAGUUUUCUGUAUCUAUAUUUAUUCUAUUUGAUUUUUGAUGUUUUGAUUUGGUGUAAUUGCCAGAAAGCGUUUGAAGCAAGAAGUGGAGAGAUUUUUCUCCAUUAUAAUUGUGGCGAACGUCAAUUGGCAGAUAAUUUUUGGAUGCUGCUGUGGUAGUACGAGCAGCCAAAAUUUUGAGACUUCUUGGCCUUUCUCAUGAAUUCCGUGGCGGCCAUUAGACUUACCCCUACCAAGGAUCAGCGAGCUUGAAUGAGAUUUUGCGCGGACAAAAGUUUAAGUUAA